CCCGUAGAGAACAGAGAGAGAAAAAAUACACAAAAGAAACAAACAUCGUUGUUUCUCUCUCUCUCUCUCUCUUCUCUAGGGUUUCUAUUUUUAGCCAAAUCCCUCCAUUAUUUACUUUUCCUCAAAUUCAUUUAUUUAUUUCUGAUCUGAGGUAAAAAUGCACUGCCUUUAAUCCAUUUUGGACAUCAAACAUAUAUUGUGCAGAGAUCAGCAUCAGGAAGCUUUUGCAAUCAUGGUAUUCUGGAUUUUUGGCUAUGGCUCCUUGGUGUGGAAUCCAGGUUUUGAAUAUGAUGAGAAAAUGAUAGGUUACAUCAAGGAUUACAAGCGCGUGUUUGAUCUUGCUUGCAUUGAUCACAGAGGUACACCUAAACACCCUGCAAGAACUUGCACCUUGGAAGAAAGUGAAGGAUCUGUUUGCUGGGGUGCUGUUUAUUGUGUGCGAGGAGGGCCUGAAAAGGAAAAGAAAGCAAUGGAGUAUCUUGAAAGAAGAGAGUGCGAGUACGAUAGCAAGACCUCAGUAGACUUCUUCACGGAAGAAGACUCUGCUCAGCCAGCUUUAACGGGAGUAAUAGUGUUUACAUCCACUCCUGACAAAGUGAAUAAUAAAUACUAUCUAGGGCCUGCCCCAUUGGAAGAGAUGGCCUGGCAAAUUGCGACUGCUCAUGGUCCUUGUGGCGACAACAGAGAAUACAUAUUCAAAAUGGAGAAGGCUCUGUACGAUAUUGGUCAUGAAGAUGAUUACAUCAUAGAGCUGGCAAAUGAAGUGCGGAAAGUUCGUGAAAUCCUGAAUUCUGGGAUUCAGGAGGAGUUAAUUGGUUCUGCCCACAUCUCACUCAAAACCAAAACUUCUUCACCUGUGAAAAUCUUUUCCUUGCCAGAACCAGUUGCUGUCGCUGCAGACUCGUGAAGAAGGAAACUAACCGAAACAGAACGAGUAUGAGGAAUAAGUAGGAGUUCACUGCGAGAGUUGUAGGAGGGUUUUAAGUUCUUUUUCUUACUUUGGUAAGACUAAUGUAGUGGCGGUGCUGUUGAAUGUUUAUCCAAAACUUACACGUUUAAUCAGUCUGUUUCUUGUUAGUAGGCCUUGUUUCUUUCUUAAAUGAGUAAAGUAGGAAGCUGGAAUUUGGCAAAAGAAUAAGUUGGACUGCUAAUGAUAUGAUACCACGGCCGUUGUUCUUCUUUGUAAGAAACAUGGGAUCUUGAGCUCUUUGAGCUGAGUUAUAAUGAAAUUUGAAGCAAGUAGCCUACAUGGUUGAAGUGCA